UUGGAGCCCUGCUGCUGCCCGACGGGUGUCUCCCAAGGCCAAGUGCCCCUGCGAUGGCAGUCCCUUGCCAGGCAGACACGGAGCUCCGGGACCUGGAUGAGGAGCAGCUCUGGGAGAUUCUGGAGAGCCAUCGCUACCGGAUCGUGCGCAGCACCUGCCCGAACCGGCUCACCCCCUACCUGCGCCAGGCCAAGGUCCUGGACCAGCUGGACGAGGAGGAGGUUCUGCAUGGCCCCCAGUUCACCAACAGCGCCAUGAGAGUGGGCCACAUGUUGGAUCUUCUGAAAACCCGGGGGAAGAACGGAGCCCUGGCCUUCCUGGAAAGCCUGAAACUUCACAACCCCGACACCUACACCCUGAUAACUGGCCUGGAGCCCUCCAUUGACCUCAACAACUUCAGUGGCCUGAUCGAGACCUCCAAGCUGACCGAGUGCCUGGCGAAGGCCGUGAACAGCUUGCAGGAGGAGCUGACCCAGGAGAAGCACCAGAAGGCGUCUCUGCUGCACCACUGCCGCCAGCUGAAGGACCGCGUGUCCCAGCUGGAGGCCCAGAACAAGUGUCUGCGGGGCAUCGAGGCCGAGCACAACCGCAUGAAGAGGGAGGUCAGCUCCCACUUCCACGAGAUGCUGAAGCUGAAGGAUGAGAUGUACAACCUGUCCAUGCACUACACCAACGCCCUGCAGGAGAAGGACCUGGCCAUCACGCGGAGCCAGGGCCUGCAAGAGGAGCUGUAUCUGAUGAAGCAGGAGCUGCAGCGAGCCAGGGUGGAGACCUACUACGAGAGGGAGAGGUCCCUGCGCAUGCCCAGCGACCCGCAGCCACAGGCGGAUGAGCUGCUGCAGCUGAGGGAGGAAAACGAGAAGCUCCGGUCACUGGUGGAGCUGGAGACUUUCAGCCUGGUGCAGAAGGAUAUCCUGGAGCAGAACCUGGAUGAGGCUCUGGAGGGCAAACAGGAGCUCCUCAAUCGAAUCCACUCGCUGAGGGAGCAGGCAGUGAUCGCUGAGAAUCAGCGCAAGCAGUACUGGGAGGAGAAGGAGCACACCCUGAUUGAGUGCCACAAAAUGAAGGUGGAUUGUGAGAUCUACAAGGAGAAAAUCAGUGCCUUGCAGGGGCAAGUGGCCGAGCUGCAGAAGGAGCGAGAUCAGGCAUACUGUGCGAGGGACGCGGCCCAGCUGGAGAUCUCCCAGAACCUGCUGGAGAAGGAUUCCCUCCGCAGGAAAGUGUUUGAGCUGACGGAGCAGAUCUGUGAGCUGAGGAAGCAGGCCAGUCAGCAGCAGGACAGCAGGGUGCACGGGGUGAAGGGGGAAGGUCUCGCUAGCCUGGAGCCGGGGGAGCAGUGGCCAAAGAGGAAACAGCGGCUGGUGCGCAUGCAUGCCAUCUGCCCCGGAGACGAGAACCAGGGCGGCCUCAGCGUGUCCAAGCUGUGCUCAGAUUUCGGCAUGAGGACGAGCCACGAGCUGCAAGAGAGCUUCCGAUCGUGCAGCCCUGUCCCACCCUGUAAGCUCUCCCUGCAGAAGAGAGCCACGCAGGAGUGCCUGGAGAGCUCCCUCUCCACGAGCAGCUCCCAGGAGUUCCUGGAGGUGGAUUUCAGUCUCAUUGCAGGGGAGAAGGCGGAGUCGUCCGACUUGGAGUAUGAGAUGGUGGAGAAGGACGAGGGCAAUGCCCAGCUGCUCGACUUAGACCCGUCGGCCUCUGAGAGCACGCCCAUUCGCCGGCGGCCCGCACGGCGCAUCCUGAGCCGCAUCACCACCAUUGCCUUCCACGGCACUGCCCUGCUGGAGCAGAUCAGCAUCAUCGGGGGCAACCAGACGGGCAUCUUCAUUCACAGGGUCACUCCCGGCUCCGUGGCCGACGAGAUGUCUCUGUCCCCAGGCAAUCAGAUCAUGGUGGUGGAUUAUGAAGUCACAGACCCAGCAUUCAAGGCCAUCCUGGAAGAUGCAACCCUGGAGGAGGCGCUUUGGGUCCUGAAGAGGGUGAAUGGCUUCUGCUGCCUGUCAGUCAGAAUGAACAUGGAGGGUUACAAGAGGCUGGUGAGUGACCUAGAGAACAAGGUGGUGACCUCGGGUGACUCGUUCUACAUCCGGGCCAACCUGGCCCUGGAAGGGAAGGCAGCGGGGGAGCUGCCGGUGCAGUGCAAUGACAUCCUCCAUGUCACGGACACCAUGUUCUUUGGCGAGAGCCAGUGGAGUGCCUGCCGGGUGAAUCCCUACAGCAUGAAGGACAUGGACGCAGGCAUCGUCCCCAACUACUACCAGGCUCAGCAACGGCUCAUCGGCCUUAUCCAGGACAUGGCCCAACAGACCACGUCUGCUCGGAAGUCUUCAGGGGGGCAGCCAAAGCUGGUGCGGAUCAUCAGCACAGACAAGAGCAAGAUCAACCCUCUGUGGUCGUCCAUCGACUGUAACGUCUACGAUCCCAACAAGGCGGACGCCUGCCCCCGGCUCUGCCUGCAGGCAGGGAGCUGCUUCACGCUGAUGCCAUACACGCUGGUGAGACCCCACAAGCUGGCCCAGCUGCGCCCGGUUCUCUUUGUGCCCACGCUGCUGGGGAAGAUCCUGAGCGACAAGCUGUGCCUCACCAAGGGCUUUGAGAAAUGCCCGUCAGGACUCCUGUGUGAGGCUGAAUGCACGGCCCAGAACAGAAGCUUGGUCCAGGAACAGCGGGAGCCGGACAGCCGCUGCUGUCUCACACGCCAGGCGCUUCAGCUGCUGCUGGAGAAGGACGUGCACAGCCUGCUGGACGUGGGGCUGGAGUACAUGCAAGCCCUGCACGCCGCGGGGAUCUAUCCCAUCCUCCUCCUCAUCUCCAUCAGCGAGAAGAACGCCAAGAAGCUCAAGAAGGCACUACAGCGUCUCGGAGCCACAGAGGAGCAGCUUCUGGACUGUGUGCGGAGAGAGGAGGCCCAGCUGGAGAAAGUGCCCUGCCUGUACGGCACCAUUGCCCCCAACACCUGGAGCGACCUGGAUGCGCUUGUCAGCGCCGUGCGAGCAGCCGUCGCCAAUGAGCAGAAGAAGAUCGUGUGGAUAGAACAAGAUCGUCACUGAUCUCCCUGGACACAGGGUGGGGCAGGGGGAACCGUCACCUUGGCAACUCUGCAAAUGUCACCUAUUUAAACCAAGAGUUUGGUUUGGGGUGUGGGGAGGGAGAGGUUUGAAAGACCCUCUUACCUAAAGGGUUAAUGGACUUCGCAGCGCUGGGUGAGCCCCCUACCUGCCCAGCUGGCCUCUGCCCUGUUGGCAGAGAAACACAGUAAGUCUAGUUCAGGGAGAGAGGCUGGUUUUAAUGCCACCCCUGUCAUGGUGUGAAAGAGCGGCUGGCUGGGGUGAGCCGGGGCUGCCUUUGAACAGUGUCCCUGGUGCCAGGGCGGGUCCCCGGGGUGGGCAGGGCACCUCUGCCUGGCCCACCUCCACCUGUUCUCCCAGCCUGGCACUAGCUGCUCGGAAGUACAGUCGCCAGCCCGCCUGCACAGGGAGGGAACAGCCACUCCUGUAGGCCUUGCUGUGUCCCCCGCCACGCAGGCUCCUCCCUGGCGAGCUGCCCCCACGGGUCUGCCUCGUUGUACUGGGUAUCCCAGCUCCCUCUGGAUCUCUGUGCACCCUGCUCCCACAGCCCUGGGGAGAGCAGGGAGCCAGGACUGAACAGGACGUGCUCGUUCCAGGGACUGCCAAUUCUGUAGUUUGCUAAAUUAAACCGUGUUGUUACUGACA